AUGUGGGUGGCAGAGCGGGCAGUUCAACAUGCACAGCGCGAUGGGGCCACUGAGAUGGAUCAGCUGGUUGCAACCUGUCUGAAAAGCUACUCUCUUUCAUUGGAGUUGAUGGACAGUGCCGACUUGAUCAUGACAGACUUGGAAGCGGAAAGGUUUUUUGAUUUGACGCUGAUGCACCUACAGACCUUUGCUUUGCUGAACAAAAGGUCGCAGCUCCAGGCCCAUCUUGGUGGCUCAGUGUUGAUCCUUCCCAUGGCGUUCUUUUCUCUCUGGGCCUUGUUCCGCGUGACGGACAUGGUCCGCGAAUGGGUCUCCCUGGCAGAUGAUGGCGUCAAGGACAAGAUGGAAGAAGCCUGGGACGAGGCUACCGAGGAGACGGAAGACGACGUCAUGGCCCUGACGUUGUCCUUCCUGGUGGUGCAGACGUUUCGCUUCUGGAUCUACGGCGUGUUGCCAGACGAGGAGGGCAAUUUGGACAACCGCCAGAUCGAUCCAAGCCUUGUUCAGGCCUUCGUCUCUUUGGGUGUUGGGAUGCUGAUUGCGCUGCUGUCGUACCUGCGCACCAUCUACGGUUCUAGUAAGCAUAGCCGCUACAGCGUUUGGCUGCGUUUGAUCAGCGAUUUCUCUUCCUGUUGGAUGGUCAUGUUCAGCAUCGACCGCAUCAUGACCAUUACCAGCCUCGGUGGUGCCGAAUAUGGCGUGCUGGGGAACGUGCCGCGGCAGCGUUUGAAUUUUACGUGGGAUGUGUUUGGCUAA